UCUUGACAUUGGCACAAUUAUUAGAAUUCUGAUAGAUUCUAUAAUUAAAAAAAAAUAUCAGUUGCGGCUGGAUCUCUUUAACUAUUGUUUUAAAACUUUUUCUUUUAUAAAUGUAAACAAAUAAUUAGUAUGAUCAAAAUACUUUGUUUAUGUUUAAUAGUAUAAAUCAAGGAAUAUAGAUAUAAAUAAAAAUCUGUUAAUUGAAUAUUUUCAUUUGUUACUAAUUUCUUUUAGCGUCUUAAAUUCCAAUUAAAACAUGAUACAUGAUGCAUUACUUAUUUUGUGGGACUGUUCUCAAGCGACAGAAAUGCCGCCAAAUCGUAGUUCCUUAAUAUUUGAGGAAGAAGGGGAUGCUGAAAUUUACAAUAGAAUAUGGGAUGUAGCCAGAAGUCAUCAUACAAUACAAAAUUAUGUUGAAACAUUUGGUUUUCGUUCUAGAAAAUUACAAUCAGCAUCAGGCCUCAAGACUUCUGGCCUAUACGCACAAGCUCUUAGCGAAGGUGUCACAGAAGUGCUUCAAGACUAUAAGAAAACUUUGGUAGAAGUGGAAAGUUUAAUAAUUGGCAAUCACAACUAUAAUCUCUCCUUUGUGUACAGUUAUGUAGGAAAAUUUCAUGGAUUGUUCAAUACUUUGAACAAAAUAAUUGUCACAAUUAAGGAGAGGAGGUUGACUGGUUGCCAAAUAUUGAGUUUGACACACCAGUACAUCCUGAAUGGGAAUGAAAUGGUACAUGAAGCUGUUAUCAAAAUAUUCACUUGUAUAAAUAAAGUGUUUGUGAAUCAGUUAUGCACAUGGUUGUUAUAUGGUGAAUUAAGAGAUCCCUAUCAAGAAUUUUUUAUUUACCGAAAUAAUAAAGAUGAUAAUAUAUCAGACACAUUCCUUUCAUCUCCUUCAACAAAUGCCUGUGACAAAUCUCUUGUCUCCACUUUACAAGAUACAAUCAUAGAUUGUGGUUACAACUUAAAUCCGACCAUGAUACCUUACUUCGUGCCAUUGUCACUGGCUCAAGAAAUAUUAUUCAUUGGCAAAACUGUAAUACUGUUUGGCUUCGACCCUCGAAAAGUGAAGAGGAGUAGCUAUUUUAUGAACAACAGGCCUAUAAUGCCUUUGCAGAAAUGUGGUGCUGACUCAAGAAGAUUUACCAUUUGGGAAGAGAAAGAAGCAGAAUUUCAUGAUAAAUUGCAAAAACUUAAGAAUCCUGAAGUGUUUGAAGUUUGUAAUUUAAGGAGUGUAGUCAGAGACAUAAAGGAAUGUGUCACAAAGCACCUGUGGACUGUCGCAGUAGAAGAGGCACAGCUGAUCCACGAACUUCGACUGAUGAAGGAUUUCUAUCUCCUCGGUCGCGGCGAAUUGUUCUUAGAACUACUACGACUUACGGCACCUAUGUUAGAUAAACCUACUACAAGAACGUCAACUAGAGAUAUGAAUCACGCCUUCCAAUUGGCGGCGAGAGCAGUAUUUCUCAGCAAUAGCGCGGAUAUUGAAAAGUUUAGUUUUGAAUUACCCUACGUGAAGCCUAAUAUAUCGGCGAACUCGUCUAUAGAAGAUGAUAGUAGCACAGUCGCUGAUGGCUGGUCCAGCAUAAUUUUAAAAUACGACUUUAAAUGGCCUCUGCAUUUAUUAUUCACGCCCGAAGUUUUAGCAAGAUACAACGAUAUGUUCCGGCUGCUCCUCAGGAUUAAGAAAACCCAACAUGACUUACAUGCUCUUUGGAAGACUUAUAAACAAUCUACGAGCUUCUCAAUGUGCCAAUUGCACAAUAAAUUGAUGUUCCUCAUGGAUCACUUACAACACUACAUGCAAGCCGACGUUCUGGAGACCAAUUUCUCACGGCUCAUGGACGCGGUGAACAAGACAACAGACUUUGAGAAACUCAAAAAAGCGCACGCAACAUUCCUCGCUGAUAUACUCGGUCAAUCGUUCUUGACUGUCAUCUCGUCGUCAGAUAGUGAAUGUUCGGGCGACACCAUCGAUUCUAUAAACAACCCAGUCUUCUGCAAUAUAAUGGAACUAAUAAAACUCUGUCACUCUUUCUGCAGUAUGGGUGACUUAGUGACCGAUAAAGAAGCCGAGGAUUAUUAUAUAAGGGGUUACUCUGAUAGAUUUAACAAAUUGGUGAAGCAGUUAAUGCAACUAUUAGUAUCAGUGCGCGAGCGUCCCUGCGGAGUUUACCUGGCACGAUUGCUCAUGAGACUGGACUACAACCGCUGGCUCAGCGGCGAAGCACAACUUACACAGUCCGUAACAAACAUGCUACGUUACUAAAUACACGAUAGUAAAGAUGAUGACACUAAAUAUUGAUGUUGCCAGUAUUAAAAGUUCUGGUUUUCAAGGUUAAGUGAAAGAAAUCUCUCAAGAAGGAUAUGUCCGCCUGUGUAAUUUUUUUGUUAUAAACUAAUAUUUAUAUUGAAUGUGAAUGCAGUAAAACAUAAAUCAAUAAAUAAAAUUUAAUUUCAAUAAUGUUCACAAUUACGCUAAGUUCUUUAUAAUUCUAAUCAGACUUCUCAAUGAUUAUUAAUGCCAAAGGCAACAUUGAAAUGAAAUGAAAUUUAUUUGCCAGUAACAUUGAGUUACGAACCUAAAUGAGUCAAGUUAAACUUUAUGUUACUAAGGGAAUCAAAUUUUGUUCUAUUCUUUUGAAAAAAUGUAAUUAUAAUGAAAAAUAUCUUGUUAUAAAAUAUUCAAGUUAUUAAUAUAAAUAUAUCAUCAUAAUA